AUGAUCAUAAUUAUUGCUCUAUUUAUCGGAUAUACGGUUUAUCUUAUUAUUAACAUAUGCAAUGACGUUCCGAUACUAAGAAUAGAGUCGAGAGCGGACAACAGCCUUAGACUUCCAACAAUAAUAUUUGAGUUUGACUACAAAGUCUUGCUUGAAUGUUCAUUCAGUUAUAAUAAUGAUAAUGCAACAGAUGCUCAAAAUUGUUUAAAGUACAUUUCACAGCCUACCUAUGACUCAAGUUCUAAGAAAUACAAGGGAUCGUUUAAUCCCUCACCUGAUUUAGUGUUAGAGGGUCAAGACCAACCGCAUGGAAUGUCUUUACUUGGGAUAGGAUAUGGUGUAAUCGAUCCAGCAUUCAACAACUCCAAAUUAAAUAUGAUUGAAGCAAGCAUAAAGUAUACGGAUAAUUCAUAUGAUCAACUCAUUCGUACAAUCAAAAACAGCGACGCAGAAUUCUACAAUUCUCUGGUAGUGUCGUCAGCAUACGUCCUAUUUUACGGCCAAGUAUACGUAAUGUCAUACACUCAAAAUGAGAGACACAUAAUGAAAAAAAAUUCGCUGUCUGCUUUCGGCAUUCAAUCUGGCACAUUACGUGUACCUUACAUCACUGCUGAGUUAGAUAAUGGACCAAUGCCUAAUAUUUUUAACGGUGGACUAAUGGUAAUUAAACCUCAGACCUUUGCUGUUAAAGUUGAGGUUCUCGGUGCAAUUGGUUUGCUUGGUGGUAUAUGGAGCAUAGCUGCAGGACUGUAUGCCUUUUUGUUAGGAAGAGACACAAUACGUCCAUGGGGUUGUGUUCAAUAUUAUUGUUGCUGUUUUAUUCGACCAACACGUUCAAAGCUAUAUAAAUCAUUCCCAGUCGUUCCGUUUCAAUCCUCCAAAGAAUCACCAGAGGCAGAGUCAACAUUCCAGUCAGAAGAGACAACAGACUGGCAAAAAAGAGUAGAAGCAUUGGAACUGUUUAUCCAAGAAUACAUAGUUGAUACAGAAUAUUUAAAUGGGUUGGAUAAGAGCGAAUGUCCAGGUCGAGUUAGUGCUUGGCUGUCACGUUUUGAGUUGAAAAAGAACAGACUAAAUAAAGCGUCUGGUGGUGUGAACGGAAAUGUAAUAAACGGAAUUAGUACGCAAAGAAUGUCGGAAACACCAACCCAAUUCGAAUACUAUUCAAAAAGUUUGCCUAUUCCACCUUCGUCUAUAGCUGAAGUCUAUUCGGAAUCUUUACGUCCAGAUUCUUAUUAUUCUUCGCAACCCGACACGUAUGCGUCUGGCUUACCGGUGAGACAAGCUUUCCAGGAUCAAUCACAACCAGUUCAAGAAGGAUAUGCAGACGACAAUGACACUCGAUCAAGCCAGUUACUUUACACAACAACGCAAUUUUAUACUGAUCAAGAAAGAUAA